UAAACGUCAGGCGACAACAAAAUGGGAGCGUCGUUGGACACUCCGGCGAGGUGUCCCCUGUGCAACGACCUGACCCGGGAGCCCGUUACUCUAAAGUGCAAACACCGAUUCUGCCAACGGUGUAUCGGAGACUUGUGGAGCGUUAACCCGGACGGGCCGUACCAUUGUCCGGAGUGGAGGUGUAAAACCGUGUACCAGACUCUGCCGUUCGAUCGCAGCUUCAUACGGCCGACAACCCCGAGUCGACGGGCUCAGCCUCGCACCACUGCAGCCACAUCCAGUAACAAUGAACAAAACAGAUUUGACUCAAUCCUGAGGAGGCCCUCACUCACCAGCCAACUCCUGGGGAAGAGAAAGGCCAGCACCCCUGCACCAGAGCAACCUGACACAAAGCGAUCAACUGUGGAAUCUCCCUGUGAGCGAUCCAGUGACGCUGAGACUCCCACCACUUCCUUCUCAGAUAAACCUGGGCAGUCAACUGGUUUGGAGACAUCCAAGAAAGCGGAGCAACCAGAAUCUACACAGUCGGAGAGUGGUGAUGGCACUUCCUCCAGUGACAAGUCUAACAACAAGGCAGUACCUGCAAGUGAUGUGCCACAAGAUGCCUCAAACAAGCAGAAUCAGCAUAAAUCAGAAGACGUUGUCAUGUUGGAUGACUCUGACAGCUCCAAUGAAGUAGAUAUAUGUGAUUCCCCUCCUCUUUCACCCCCCAUGAAAGAUACACAAGAGACAGGAAUUCAUGCAUCACCAAAGACACCUGCCUCACCUGCUAACUCUGGUUCCUCUCCUGGGGUCUCAGCCCCAGGUAAAGAUAAUUCUCCUGCGCAUCAUGUCAGGCCAUAUCCGUUGUUCACCAAACACCCUGCUGCUGCUUCAGGAGCCUCAGGUCGUGGUGGUAUCUUUUCAGGGCUGGAGAAGAAAAAUACCAGCCCUGUUCCCUGCCAUUAUUGCCCUAAAACUGGGUGUCAGUCUGCUGUGAAGACCUGCCUGGUGUGCGGAGCUUCCAUGUGCACAGAGCACCUGCGCCCCCACCUGGACUCCCCUGUAUUUCAGAAUCACACCCUGGUUCCUCCUGUGGAGGACAUUUCUCCCUGGAGGUGCCAGGAGCACCAUGAGAUAAACAGAAUCUACUGUCGGCAGUGUGGCGUGUGUGUCUGCACGGUGUGUACCGUCAUAGGCUCCCACCGCGACCAUGCCUGCAUCAGCAUCCGGGAGGCAGAGAGAGAGCUCAGGGGGAACCUGAAAGAAGAGAUCAAACAACUGCAGGAGGCUGAACAGCAAGUGAAGAACAGAUUGACUGAACUUGGACAGAAGAAGGAGACCUUCAGAGUUGUUUUAAGUGAGGCACGAGAAGGGGUGCAGCAGCAGUACGGAGCCAUCAGAGAGGCCCUGGAGCAGGAGGAGCAAUCAGCUCUACAGUGUGUGAUGAAGGAGGAGAGCAGAGUUCUGGGUGGACUAGAGGAGAAACUCGGCCAUCUCCAAAACUCCCUGCUAUCCAUCCAGCAAGGCCUCCACACCCUGGAAGGGCUGGCUGAUACCAAGGGAGACAGAUGCGUUCAGGACCAGGCUUUCAUUAUGGAGUACAGCAAAAUAGCCCAACUGACUAGUGACAUGGGAAACUACGUGGAGCAGUUCCAGGCUGCAGAGGAAGUGGAUCGGCCCCGGCUGCAGUGUUUGCAGAGGUGGACUGAAAGGCGGUUGGACACAGUCAUCAUCACUGUGCCAGGCAAAGACAGGGACCUCUACAGACUGCUCUAUGGCACUGUCCCCUGUUUGGAUGCUGAUACAGCCCAUUCCAAGCUGCAGCUGUCUGAGAGCAACAGGAGGGUGACCUACAGCGAGACUCCGCAGUUCUACCCAGACCAUGAUGCUCGCUUCAGCUCCUUCCCACAAGUCCUGGCCUCCUGUGCCCUGGAGCGGAGCCGCUGGUACUGGGAGGUGAGUGUGUCUGUGGACGAAGGCCGUUGGAAGGUGGGGCUGUGCGAGGGACAGAUAGAGAGGAAGGGCCAAAAGGACAACUCCCGCUUGGGCUUCAACACGUACUCCUGGUGCCUGGCCUGUGACAAAAAGAAGGUGGAAGCUCUGCAUAACAAAGUGUCAGUUCCUGUGGAAGCGGACAGGCUGCAGAGGGUGGGAGUCUUCCUUGACUUUGAAGAGGGUAUUUUAUCGUUCUUCAAUGUGACACCAGGGGGCAGUCUAGUACUAAUGCAUUCCUAUGAGCACAAGUUUACUGACCCUCUUUACCCAGCCUUGUCUGUGUCUAAAACACACCUGGCCAUCUGUGAUCUGUUCCAGUCGUAAAACCGUGUAAUACGGACACGUCAGUUCUGCUGUACAGUUACAGAAUACAUAAAAGCUCAGUGCCUUUUUUUUUAAAUGUGAAAACCUGGUCUUCAUUAAAAUGGCCUGUUUGUAAAAUUCUCGGGGAUGAUGACAUGCACUGUAUUUAAUUCUGUACUUUUGCUAAAAUGUGAUUUUAUAUCAUUUGAUAAUACUGGAAUUAUGUCCUGUUAGAAAUGCUGUUCACUAUACGUUAUACAUGUAACAUUCCAAAGAGCAGUAGGUUAUUUUUGGCAUCAGGAUUUCCACUUUUUAUAAGUUUUUAAUGUGAGAUUGUCAGUGAACAAAGGAACAGGUUUUAGAAACUGAUCUGGAAAUAUUUCCAUUUUGAAUGUGUGGUAAAAACAUUCCGAUUGUUCUUUAUGUAGAGAUAUAUCGUACCUCUUUGAUCCUCCGGUGAGCCAUUGUCUUUCUGCAAAAAUAAAAUGUCAGAGUUACUGCA